AUGUCUCUCAGUCGAGUCCGGAUUGCAUGCAAGGCCUGCCGCCAGAGCAAGGCUCGCUGUGAGAUGCGUGAGGCGCCCUGCACCCGCUGCACCCGGCUGGGCCUGUCCUGCAGCGUACAGCCUGGGUUCCGCCGCGAGGGCCGCCGCGAGCGGAUGCGACAGCUGGAAGACCGUGUGCAGCGACUGCAGGGGCUGCUCACUGACGGAUCGUCCUCGACGGAGACAACAGCAGCAACGCCGGUGAUAGUAGUCGCCACCAGCUACACGAUCGGCGAGGUGACUCUCUCCUCUGGCCGAGUCCAGCGGCUGUUUUCUGUCUUCUGGCAGAGAUACCACCCUGUCCUGCCCUUUCUGGACGAAUCCCGUCCGGCCGCGGAGUAUCACGGCGAGUCCGAGCUGCUGUUCUGGUUUAUCAUCUCCGUCGCUGCUCGCCACUCGUCCGACCGCUCGCUGCUGGCCCGACUGAUGCCGCUGGUCAGCGAGCGGCUGUGGACGACCGUCGCGGCCAGCGCGCCGUCGCGGGGCCUGACGCAGACGCUGGUCUUGAGCUCGUGCUGGCCGCUGCCCGAUUUCCGCCUGUCCAACGACAAGUCUGUUAUUCACGCCAACCUGGCGCUGACCUGUCUGUCGCAUCUGGGGCUGCAUGCGUCUCAGGAGGAUGUGGCGGCGGAAUGUCUCAGGAUAGCAUGUACCAUUCAGUCGUUAAGUAGUCUGUCGAUGGAUCAAGGCAUCCCUCCCCCCGCCUCCGUGUCUCUUGAGAUCCAUCCCCACAGUCGGAUCCCCCUCGCUCUGCGACAGAACCUGCAGAUCCAGCAGUGGAGCGUGCGGGCAUUGCGGACGCUGUUCGGGGACGACGCCUGUGCGCAGCUGCCCGCCGCCGCCGUCUUCUACCCGACGAUGGAGUCGCUCGAACGCGACUUUGACGGCCUGUGCAACACUCUCGGCAGAGGCCAGCAGCUCUCCCUGACGACUGCGCUCCGUCUGGCCGCCGCAGGGCUGUAUCUGGACUGCCUGUACUUCUCCGAGACGACGCCCGGCCCCCAGCGCAAACAGGGCAUCUUGCGCGCGUACAAGACCGCCGGCGAGCUCAUCACGACCGCCAUCUCGCACGACGCCGCCUACGACGAGCUGCGGUAUUCCUCGGUGGCCACGGCGCGGCUGCUGCUCACGGCGGCGAUUGUCAUCUUCCGCGUCGUGCAUUCCACCUACGCCGUCUCUGUAGAUGUCUCCAAGGCGGUGGUGCUCUAUCACUCGGCCUGUUUUGCCAUCCACCGCUGCUCUCUACCUGACGGAGAGGAAGAUGAAGAAGAAGAAGAAGAAGAAGGAGAAGAGAAAAAGGAUAAAGACCUGCCGUACCGGAUGGUGGAGGCCUUGAAGCUGCUCUGGCGGAUGGGCGAGACAGACACCAGUCUGUUGAGUCGAGAGCCCAGCUUGACCGUGCAGAAUCGCAUCUGCGCGGGCAUCUUCUUCGACACCGUCGUCCUCUGGCGACAAUACUCUCGUUUGCCGGCCAUGACGCUCGAUUUCUUGCCGGACAUGAGUUGGGAUGCGUCGGACUGGACAUUGUUUGAAGAGGCAUUUACUAAUCAUUGAUUGACUGGUAUUAUCAAGACUAGACAACCAUCCCAAAGAAUUCACUCUCCCGCCUGGCGAUCGAAUUCCAGCAGUUCGUUCAUUCCGCAGACCCCAAAGACAAGCGGCGGCGAGAUGCCAGGCCCGUACUGCUCACAAUCACCCUCUUGCUUGAGAUGGCGCAGGGCUUGCGUGACAGCCAGAUAGGUCGGGAUCAGACACAGAGCGGCAUAGACCAGGAUCUUGAUGCCCAUCUGCUGGGCCUCGGCCACGGUGAUCUUGACGGCG